GCCGGGCUGGACGUCUUGCUGUCAAACGUCGUUUUUUUCGCAACAUUAUCAGCUGUAUUCGUCCUGCCGCGUUGUACGCAAAAGAGAAACUAAUAAAUAUUUGUUGAACGGUAAUAACAAAUUACACGAAAAAUCGUUGGAUAGUAAGGUAGGAAAAUGACGAAAACACGCUUCAACACAUACGAUGUCGUGUGCUCCGUUACGGAGUUACAGAAAUUGAUUGGUAUGCGAGUGAACCAAAUUUAUGACAUCGACAACAAAACGUAUCUGAUCCGAUUGGCUCGGAAUGAGGAGAAGGUAGUGCUGCUGCUGGAAUCUGGAUUGCGCUUCCACACCACCAGCUUCGAGUGGCCAAAGAACAUGGCUCCGUCCGGCUUUACGAUGAAAAUGCGUAAGCAUUUGAAAAACAAACGUCUCGAAAGCCUGCAGCAAUUGGGUGUGGAUCGUAUUGUUGAUUUUCAGUUCGGAACCGGUGAAGCAGCGUAUCAUAUCAUACUGGAACUGUACGACAGAGGCAACAUACUGCUCACGGAUUGUGAUUUGCGCAUUCUGAACAUUCUCAGACCGCACGUAGAAGGUGAAGAACUGCGGUUCGCGGUGCGCGAAAAAUAUCCCAAGGAUCGUGCCAAACAGGACAACGGUCCGCCGUCGAUGGAACAGAUCAAAGAAGCGAUUGAAAAGGCCCACCCGGGCGACACGUUGCGUACGGCGCUGAACCCGAUACUGGAGUACGGUGCGUCGGUAAUUGACCACGUACUGCACAAGCAAGGACUGUUCGGGUGUCGUAUUGGGGGUGAGGUUCCGGCCGAUCCAGCACUUCCAAAGAAAGUGAAGAAGAAACAGAAAAACAUUGCGAAAGAGUUCUCGAAAGUAUUUAACAUGGACACAGACCUUGCUGCCUUGAUGAGUGCCAUCAAUGAUGCGGAAAACAUGCUUCGCGAGGCACAGAAACAACCUUCCCCUGGGUACAUCAUACAGAAGAAGGAAGUGAAACCCACAAAGGAAGGCGAAAAGGAAGAGUAUUACUUCACGAAUUUGGAGUAUCAACCGUACUUGUACAACCAAUACCAGGGAGAACCGGUCAAGGCGUUCGACUCGUUCGCGAUAGCGGUAGAUGAGUUUUACUCCUCGCUUGAAAGUCAAAAGAUUGAUCUUAAAGCAUUUGCUCAGGAGCGUGAAGCGCUAAAGAAGCUGUCCAACGUAAAGACCGAUCAUGCUAAACGUAUCGAAGAACUAACGAAGGUGCAGCUAGAAGAUCGCAAAAAGGCAGAAUUGAUCACACGCAACCAAGAUUUGGUUAACAAAGCUUUGCUAGCAGUGCAGAGCGCACUGGCAGCUCAAAUGUCCUGGACCGACAUACAGGAUUUGGUGAAGGCUGCCCAAGCAAACAAAGAUCCUGUGGCAUCCUGUAUUCGGCAGCUAAAGCUUGAAAUUAAUCACAUCUCGUUGUAUCUUACCGAUCCGUACGCGUCUUUGGAUGAGGAAAACAGUGAAGAUGACGACGAAAGCGAACGUGAAGACGAUGAGGCCAGGUUGGAACCGAUGGUCGUUGACGUCGAUCUGGCAUUGUCGGCUUUCGCCAAUGCGAGACGUUAUUACGAUCAGCGUCGCUUUGCGGCUCGCAAAGAACAGAAAACGAUCGAGUCCAGUUCGAAAGCGUUGAAAAACGCGGAACGAAAAACGAUACAGACCCUUAAAGACGUCCGCACGCAGACCACAAUCUCGAAAGUGCGCAAGGUGUAUUGGUUCGAGAAGUUCUAUUGGUUUGUUAGCUCGGAGAACUAUUUGGUUAUUGGUGGGCGGGAUCAGCAGCAAAACGAGCUAAUUGUGAAGCGUUACAUGAGACCGACGGACAUUUAUGUGCAUGCCGAAAUUCAAGGCGCUUCGAGCGUGAUAAUCAAAAAUCCUGCCGGCGGUGAGAUUCCACCGAAAACGUUGCUCGAGGCCGGCACUAUGGCCAUCUCGUACAGCGUUGCUUGGGAUGCAAAGGUAGUGACGAGCGCCUACUGGGUGCGCAGUGAGCAGGUUAGCAAGACGGCCCCAACGGGAGAAUAUCUCACGACCGGUAGUUUCAUGAUCCGAGGGCGAAAAAAUUUCCUACCACCUUGCCACUUGGUAUUGGGAUUGUCAUUUCUUUUCAAGCUGGAAGAUAGCUCGGUCGAGCGUCAUCGUGGUGAGCGCCGGGUGCGGACGUUCGAUGAAGAAUCGGUCGUCAGUAAGGAUGAUGUGCGGUCGGAAAUUUCCGAGCUUCCCGAGCAGGAGAUUCAGCUAGACGAUGCCGAAUCGGACAAGGAUGACGAGCAGGAUGCAGAAUCUGCAAAGGCUCAUCAAGAGUUCGAACGAGCUACAGAAACCGAAGCUACAGAAACACUACCUGGUAAGGUUGCAGCGUUGUCCAUAGUAAAAGAAUCCGAAGAAGAAACCAACUCAAAAGACGCAUCGGAAGUCCAGCAAAAGGAACAUGAUGAAGAUCAAGAUUUGCCCCAGUUCCCGGACACGCACAUCAAAGUGGAACACGAUACGGGCAAAGUGUCGGUGCGACCGGAUCCCAUUUUGCACCGGUUGACGUCAGAACCGGAUUCCGAAUCGGUGAUUUUCCUCGGCGAUGAUAAACCUUACAUAAUUCAACCAUCCGCACCACGCAAGAAACAAAUCUCCAAGAGCAAGCAGAAGGCAAAGGAUCUAAAGGAAAAGGAACAGAAAGCAAAGGAAGCACAAAGUGCACCAGUGAAGGAGGACCAACAAAAGCAAGGCCAACUGAAGCGUGGUCAGAAGGCAAAGAUGCGCAAAAUCAAGGAGAAAUACAAGGACCAAGAUGACGACGAUCGGAAACUAAUAAUGGAGAUUCUGAAAUCGGCCGGCAAUCGGAAGCAGGACGAGGAAACGAAGGAGGAAUCGAAUCCACGCAAGGAUGGAGAGGGUGGUGAUAAAGAUCGGAAGCGCACGCCCCGUUUGAAGCCGGGAGAGUUUGAAGAGCUGGGUGAUGAUACGCCCGCCGCUGCCGAUUUGGACAUGCUGGAUGCGCUUACCGGCCAACCGGUAGAAGAGGACGAGCUGCUGUUUGCCGUGCCUGUGGUGGCUCCCUAUCAAUCGCUGCACAACUAUAAGUACAAGGUGAAGCUUACACCCGGUACAGGAAAGCGCGGAAAGGCCAGCAAGAUGGCUCUGCAAAUUUUUCUCAAAGAUAAGCAAUGUACGGCACGGGAAAAGGAUCUGCUGAAGGCGAUAAAGGAUGAGGUGCUGGCUCGAAACAUUCCCGGCAAGGUGAAACUGUCCGCACCCCAGAUGCAGAAGGUUCGAAAGUAAACGCUUUGUUGCUAUUGUACACGUUGUUGGCAUUAUUUCCUCUGUUAAACAUUACGCUUUAAUAAAUACAAAAUAAGAUUCUUUCUUGAAAAAAAAAAAUCUGGGCAUUUGGAUUAGUUUUUGUAAAAGGGUUGUUUGAAAUUAAUAAUUAUUCUACAAAACUGCAUUUAGUCUUCAACAGGACAUUUCAAACUCUGUUAUACACAAGAACACGCGAG